GGAACUAAUGUCUUCAAGUCUGCAAGAACAUCCUACAGAGGCUGUAGGAAGUGUGGAUUUCUUCUUAAACAUAAUUUGAUACGUUUGUUUGCUAAAUUCGUAUAUGCGUUUGUGUUUUUCCCUCCGAAAUAUUUGUGCGCGCGUUCUGGAUUGGUGGGUUUUAAUCUGACCUUGUCUUUGGCUUCUGGAGCGCGUUGUAGAGGCCAUAGGAGAAGAUGUCUGCAGAGGAGGCGGAUAAAACCACCACCACUGAUGCCAGUGCAGGAGACGAGGAGGAGGAAUGGCUGUACGGGGAUGAAGGGGAAAGUAAAGAAACUGAGGAAGAAGAGGCCAAACUGACAGCAGCCAUCAGUGUGACCUCUGCUCCUCCUGAUACUGAGGAGGUCACCGAGAGCACCGAGACCACCACCACAACCACCACCACUACCACUACCACCACCACUACUGGAAAUGGUGUGGCCAGUCAGGAGGAAGCACCUGGAGAAGAUGAAGACAGUGAGAGCGAUAGCGAUGACGACGAUGAUGAUGUCCGUGUCACCAUUGGAGAUAUCAAAACAGGGGCGCCACAGUACACGGCAUAUGGGGGAACUCCAGUGAAUCUGAACAUAAAAUCAGCUGGCAGCAGAGCGUAUGGAGGUUCUAAAGUGAAGGGCGUAGACCUCGAAGCCCCAGGCAGCAUCAAUGGGGUUCCAGUCCUGGAAGUGGAUGUGGAGUCCUUUGAGGAGAAACCAUGGAGGAAGCCAGGUGCGGACUUGUCUGACUAUUUUAACUAUGGUUUUAAUGAGGACACGUGGAAAGCGUAUUGUGAAAAGCAGAAGAGGUUACGCAUGGGGCUCGACAUUCUCAACAUUGGAUCCACCACUAGCAAGAUCUCAGUUCAGCAGGGUCGUACAGGUAACAGUGAGAAGGAGAUCACAAUACCUACUCAUUCAUCUAAAGCAGACUUUUCCACUCCAUCCAACCUGUAUAAAACAGGAAUCAACCCAGCGAGGAUGUCCCCUCCACACUGGGCAGGACCUCCCACUCAAGAAAUGCCAUAUUAUACGAAGACGCCCGGGACCAUAGAUGUGAUUGGAGGAGGAACUGCCACCAUUAGCAGGGUAGAAGGACGACGUCGCCACAAUCUGGAGGGGAAUAACAUCCAGGUGAUCUCGGAACAUUCCACUUCUGACACCGAACCGCCCGCGGUGGCUAAGAUGCCGCCACCUUUCUUUCCUCCAGGGCCACUCCCUCCAAACAUCCCGCCUCCUCCAUUCCUCCCUCCUCCUGUCAGUCAGGCUCCACCUCUAAUCCCGCCUCCACGGAUGCCAAUCACUGUUCCGCCUCCCAAUUUCCCUCCUCCCACAGGAGGACCUCCUCCUUCACUGAUCCCUACUAUGGACAAUGGGCACCCUGGAGGAUAUGAUGGACGUCCUGUUGCUCCAUACCCUUUUCCUACAGGUGGGUUUCCACCACCCAUGCAAGGAGCUGUUAGCCCCUGGCCAGGUUUGAUGGACAACCCAAAGCAGUGGGACUACUACCCCCGGCGAGACAAAGAGAGGGAAAAAGAUCGAGAAAGGGACAGGCAGAGGGAACGAGGCCACGAGAGAGACCACAGUCCCACCCCUGUGGCUUAUAACAGUGAUGAAGAAAGGUAUCGUUCUUACCGUGAGUAUGGAGAAAGAGGGUACGAGAGGCAUCGGGAGCGAGCGAGCCGCGAAAAGGAGGAGCGUCACAGAGAGAGGAGACACAGAGAGAAAGAGGAGGGGAGGCACAAGUCAUCACGGAGCAGUAGCAGACGAAGACAUGACAGCGAGGAGGGGGACAGUCACCGGCGCCACAAGCACAAGAAGUCCAAGAGGAGCAAAGAGGGCAAGGAGCCCAGCGAGGAGCAUUCUGUUGACCAGGAGAACCAGGAGGCUAUGGAGUAACUCCUGUCUGUCUUCCCCGCUCUCGUUCCUUCUUAUGAGAGCGCUGGUUGUCAACCAAAUCAUGCUAAAUGAAACUAAAAUCCAGUUUACCUUCCUUUUUGUUGUCAUGGUUUCCUUUUUUUUUUUCGUUUAGUUGUUUUUUUCCAGUGCUGUUGUACCAUGUAGAUGUUGAUUUGUUGGAUUAAAAAAGAGCAUUUGUUAAUA